UCUAACGGCAGUCGUUGAAUUGGAUAUUUUUAAUUUAUUGUUCGUCAAAACAAGGCAAUUGCUCGUGAGCACCGAACGCAAAAACCGGCGCAGUGCGGGGCACAAGUGAAGUGAAGUGAAUAGAAGUGCCGUGAAUGGAGGUGAAGUGCAGUGGAAAAGUGGAAAUUCAAAUUAAAAUGUGCUAAAAUGCCUUAUGUUUUGUUUGAAUGGUCAACAAAUGCUCAUUGUGCACAUACAAACAUACAUCUAUAAACGCUGGCAACGGCGCACAUUUGUGGAUUUGGUAGUCCUCGGCGGUGAAAGUGGUUGGCCUGCACAGAACAAAACCAGAGCAAAAAGUCAAUAGUUUAUUUAUUUACCGCAAUUCAAUGGCAAUUGCGUGAGGGGAGAAUGAAAAGCAGCAUGAAAUCUGAAAUUCGCCGAAUUUAUACCACCGAAGCUUCCACAAAUGAAUUACUCAGAAAGCAGUCCUCAGCCUCAGCAACAAUAUUCACCGGGUCAAUUUUACGGUCUUUCAACCUGAACGACGCCAAUUCUUUGGCAUGCCCUCGGCAUAGCAAAGAAGUGCACCAACCAAUACGCAGAUCUUCCACACAGACACGUCGCGUGCAAGGGAGAUGUCACGUCAACGGAAACGGUAAACGGCGAUUGCAAACGCUACUUUUCGAGUUCUUGGCAGUAACGGCUACCGCAACCACUGCCGCCACCGCCGUCACCGCUGCCACCACACCCGCCGUUAACGCAACCACAGCCUUAGCAACGAAAGGAACACAACUCAUUCCGUUUAACGAUGCAACAGGGUCGACCGCAACAGCGUCAAUUGUCACAAAUUCAAAGGCAUUCACGGCAAUGCCGGCAACGAUGGCCACUGCGCUGAGUGCAGAAUUUCACAGAGCCACAACCGCAAAUGCUUUUAUUCAAAUGAAUUCCACCGCUUUUGGGGAUGAUCCCCUCGCCGGUAGUGCUGGCGUCGGUACGACCACUCCCGUAAAUACAAACUCCGUAUCCAUGUUGGACAUCAGCUUUGCCACAACUCCCACCACCAUCGCAACCACCAUUAGCGCGGUGUCCUCCAUGGAUGCUUACCUUGUUGCAUUGCCUUGGCCAAAGGCGCUCGCGGUUGCAAUUUUUGUGUUGCUGAUCCUAGUAACGGUGGUCGGCAAUACACUCGUCAUACUGUCUGUGCUGACCACGCGCCGGCUUCGCACGGUGACCAAUUGCUUUGUCAUGAAUUUGGCCAUCACGGAUUGGCUAGUGGGUACGUGUGUCAUGCCGCCAGCUGUGAUGCUCUAUGUUGUGGGUAGCUGGCAUUACGGCUGGAUCCUUUGCGAUAUUUGGAUUUCAUUGGACGUUCUCCUCUGUACCGGCUCCAUACUGAGUUUGUGUGCCAUAAGUCUGGACAGAUAUCUUGCAGUGACUCAACCUCUUACUUAUUCCAAAAAACGCCGCUCGAAACGUUUGGCAUUAUUCAUGAUUUUCAUUGUGUGGGUGACGGCGCUAUUAAUCACAUGUCCACCAUAUUUGGGCUGGUAUGAGCAGGGACGACGCCGCGAGGGCAAUGUCGACUGUCGCUACAAUCAAAAUAAAGGAUAUGUGGUCUUUUCCGCAAUGGGCUCAUUUUUCAUUCCGCUCGCAGUUAUGAUGUACGUGUACUUGAAGAUUGGAUAUGUCCUCACGUCACGCAGACAGCGCAUUGUUCGCGAUGCGAAUUCUGAACGUGCUGCGGACCACGAUAUCGAUUGUGAUAACUUCAUUUCCGAGUCGGAGCAUUAUCAAUGUGCCACACCGAAGUUUCCUUCCUUCAAAUCGCGCUGGGGCAGUGCCAACGCCGGCAGCAACAAUUGCUCCGGAAAGAAUCUCAGUUUGCACUGCAGCAAAUGUAACAAAGCCUACCUGAACAACGCAAACGGAAGUGCCACUAUUAACGGUGGUCUGAGCAACAGCGUAGUAGUUGGUGGAUUGAAGCAUCAGCCCGCCUUCUACGAGUUGGUCGAGGUCUCUCACUUAACUUCUGUAAUUCAAUGUACGGCCAUCUCCUGCAAAUACACGGGCAUCUGCAUGCAUUCAAGCGCGGUGGGCGUGCCAUUGGCUGAGCGUCGCUCUUCUUCAUUACCUAUGCAAGCUGUGCACUUUGUGGAGGAUACCACUUCAUUAUCUGAGAAUUGCCUGGCUGCGACGACCGCCAGCAUGACAGCAACGCAGAGCAUGAAAUUUGGUCAAGUCAUGGGACAAAAUCAACAGCAUCUGCACGCACAACAUCAACACAACCAUCACCAUCAUCCGCAUCGAAUACCAAUGCGCGUCUCUACGACAAAGCGCGAUACGAAAACCGCUAAGACGCUGACAAUUGUCAUGGGUGGCUUUAUCGCCUGUUGGCUGCCAUUUUUUGUCUACUACCUGCUAAUGCCAUUCCUUCCACGCGCUGCGGUAUUUCAGGGUCUUAUGUCCUUCCUAACAUGGGUCGGUUGGGUGAAUUGCGCCAUUAAUCCCUUCAUUUAUGCCUUUUACAACCCAGACUUCCGUACCGCGUUCUGGCGACUAACUUGCAGACGCAUUUGUAAACAAAAACCGCCACCCAACCAUAUAGCCAUGUUCCGCGGCUAAAGGGCUGCAGCAUAAGUACACAACAUUUAACAUAUGGGACCCUUUUUUAGCAAUACAUACGUGAACCUGCAUAUGUAUGUGUGCUGUGUGCGAUGUUGACGGGUUAUGUGAAUUUGCUGAAAAAUUUGUACAAAAGACAUUUACGACCAAAAUUAUUAUGGCGAGCGGCGUAAAAUUACCGGCAUGGGAAAAGAAACAAUCGACAGAUAAAUGAAGACAAUGCCAUUUGGAUUUGCUAGUGAUGAUUCUUGUCAUCCAGACACGAGUACAGGAGCCGUGGGUUUGGCAAGGGCCAGCAUGGGAUGAAAAUAAGUUCUUGUUAGGUGCCUUAACUCAAGCGAGCAUUUGAGCGGCUACCGAAGUGUAAACAAAACAUAGCUCUAAUUUAUUAUUUAAGUUAAAAUGGAAGCAGCUUAGCUGUGCCAAUUUUAGCCAAUUUUCUGAAACGAAUUGCCAUGUACACGCAUACACACAACAUACAUACACACGCUCAAAAUAAUAGCAGCGCGACUAUUUUGACUAUUUACUUAUUUCAGUUUUUUAUUUCUAUCAAUUUUUUUUAAUUUUUUUUUUUAUAAAAUAGUAAUAUGUAUGCAUUACAACAAGAACCAUAUAACUUAAUUUCAAACUUUGUACAAAAUUUAAAAAGAUUCAAAAAUAUUUCUUUUUUUGCCGGCCAACUUCGAUUAUUUCAGUGAUUUCAUCGACAUUUUCUUUAACAUUAAAAGUGCCUGAACGAAAUCGAUGAAACCAAAAUUGCACGUAAUUAGCCGUUACAGUAUCGGCACCAUAAAGACCAUUCACAAUUUCAGCGGCCUGGCUGCCACUUUCGCCUCCAUCAAAGAUAAACAUGAAAAUGUACCGAAUUUUCUCUUUGUUUACUUCCAAUCUUAACACCCUGUAACUCACAACUGAAUGAAAUAAACUAAAAACAACAAAGACAUUUUUUUUGUGUGUAGUAUCACCUUGACAAGAAGCGUAAACUUUAAAUUGUUUGAUCGAUACUUUACGAGAUAUCGACCAAUACAGGCAUCUACCGAGAA